AUGAUGGGUGAAAACGACAUGGUGUACGGGGACUAUUAUAACUAUGACAACAGUUGGUCGGUCGCGCCGCCCGAGUAUGGCGCCGGCGUCGACCCCAACUGCCAAUUUCGACAACCCGCUGAAGAGGACUAUAGAUACGGAACUUAUGCGCUGUUAGACAGCAUGAAGAUGCCAGGUCAGCGUCCAGGAUUUCAGAUCUCGGAUAUCCUGGGACUGAAUGAGGCAAAAGGCCUGGAUAGUGCACCGACACAGGGGCCUCUUGGCUGUGGACCUUUGGAACUGCCACCGUACGCGCCACCACAGCAUCAUUACUCUCAUGACCUGUUAAGACAUCACCAACCUUGGCUCUCUUUGGAACAACAUGAACCUACUGGUGGAAUUGGUCAACAAGCGAGCCCAGAUAGCACUUCCCGCGCCUCCGAGCUGUCGUACGUCGGCGCGUCGGCCUCCUCGCCUCCAAUCAGUGACCCGCGUCACGACAAUGACCUCGACCACGAGCACGACGACAUCGACCACGACGACGACCACGAGCACGACCAGCCCGCCAACGCGUCCGGUGAUCCGGGCCUCGCUCACAAAAAACGCAAGCGGCGCGUUCUCUUCUCCAAAGCACAGACGUACGAGUUAGAGAGACGGUUCAGGCAGCAGCGGUACUUGUCGGCGCCGGAGCGGGAACAUUUGGCGAGUCUCAUACGGCUGACGCCGACGCAGGUGAAGAUCUGGUUCCAGAACCACAGGUACAAGACGAAGAGGGCGGUCCAGGAGAAGGGGGCGCACGAUUUGAACGUUGGCAGCCUGAACUCGCCGCGCCGCGUCGCCGUACCCGUCUUGGUGAAAGACGGCCGGCCUUGUAUCGGCAAGCCCGAAGGCCUGCCCCCGCUGGGCAUGUCCCUGCCGCCAUACCAGCCGAUGCACCACCAGCCCCCAGUGGGUCACGGGUCCCAGCCGAGCGGUUGCUGGUGG